AUGAAGUGUCUGCGGGACUCAGACAGGUGUACCGCCUGUAACGAAGGCUACAGGUAAACUACCUGUGAUCUCUUUAGGGGAUGUCACUGAUGACAAAUGUAAUGUAGAGAACUUAAGUGUGUGUGUGUGUGUGUGUGCGUGUGCGUGCGUGUGUGUCUGCAGUCUGGCGGGGAUGACCUGUGUUCCGGAGUGUGCCAACGGAACCUUCUUUCAUCUGGAGCAGAUGAAGUGUAGUCCUUGUCACACCUCCUGCUCUACCUGCACAGGUCAGUGUCCCUGUCACCAAAUAGUGUCCCUGUCACCAAAAAGUGUCCCUGUCACCAAAUAGUGUCCCUGUCACCAAAUAGUGUCCCUGUCACCAAAUAGUGUCCCUGUCACCAAAAAGUGUCCCUGUCACCAAAUAGUGUCCCUGUUACCAAAAAGUGUCCCUGUCACCAAAUAGUUUCUCUGUCACCAAAUAGUGUUAUUGUCACCAAGUAGUGUCCCUGUCACCAAAUAGUUUCUCUGUCACCAAAUAGUGUUAUUGUCACCAAAUAGUGUCCCUGUUACCAAAAGGUGCCCCUGAUACCAAAAGGUGUCACCAAAUAGUCUCCCUGUCACCAAAAAGUGUCCCCGUCACCAAAUAGUCUCCCUGUCAUCAAAAAGUGUCCCUGUCAUCAAAAAGUGUCCCUGUCAUCAAAAAUGGUCCCUGUCACCAAAUAGUCUCCCUGUCAUCAAAAAGUGUCCCUGUCACCAAAUAGUCUCCCUGUCAUCAAAAAUGGUCCCUGUCACCAAAUAGUCUCCCUGUCAUCAAAAAGUGUCCCUGUCACCAAAGAGUAAAGAAGCCAUAAUGGGUUUACUAGGUACUUAUUAUAAUAAUAUUAUAGAUGCUUUCAUCCAAAGCGACUUACAGGCAAACGUGCAUAUAUUUCAGGUACUGGUGGUCCCGGGAAUCAAGCCCACUAUCCUGGCCAUGCUCUACCAACUGAGCUCUGCAAUCUAUGACUUCUUUCGUAAAAAUGAGCAAAAAAUAAAUAAUACAAAUACUGAGCUAUAUUGUAUGCUCCAAUAUUAUUUUAUACUAAUACAAUUGCUCAGAAAAAUAUAUUUUGUUUAACAAGUAAUAGAAACAAUUCUCAAAAAGAUAGGGGUCAACAUUAUUGGCAUCCCUGUUUGCAAUACUCCGGCACCCUCUGCUUACGAGGGUAACGACACUGAGCCUUUUUGUAAAAUGUUUUAUGAGAUUGGAGAACACAUUGGGAGGGAUCUUAGACCAUUCCUCCAUACAGAAUCUUUCCAGAUCCUUGAUAUCCUUUGUCUGCACUUAUGGACUGCCCUCUUCAAUUCAAACAACAGGUUUUCAAUUGGGUUCAAGUCCGGAGACUUAGAUGGCCAUUGUAAAAUGUUUAUUUUGUGGUUAAUUAACACUUUUUUUGUGGAAUUUGAUGUGUACUUGAGUUUUAUUGUCUUGCUGGAAGAUCCACUUGGGGCCAAGUUUCAGCCUCCAGGCAGAGAAAAGCAACCAGGUUGCUUGUGUGUGUGUGUGUGUAUGUGUGUGUGUGCUCUAAUUUAAGUCUAGACAGAUAUUCCUAGACAGAUAUUUCCUCCCAGUCACUGGAUGUUUCUAGAAGGACAGAUGAAGCUAGCAGGAGUCUGGGGGGAAGGGGCCUUGUGUCUGGGACCAGAGAAGGCAAAGCGCUGGGCACACAGCAUCUGAUGUCCAAGAGAAACACGGGGCCAGACACUACCCCAGUUCUCUGUCUGUGUGUGUGUGUGAGAAGCCACCAGUUAUAGUUUCCGUGACAGGUUUUUGGAGUGCAGUUUUGAGUAUUACACUCAAGGGCCAAUAAAACACUUGAACGUUUGCAUUUUAUCACUCAAUGGUCCUCUUACCAUUGAACAAUUUAUGAAUGGCAGGAUCAAAUGUCAACGGUCUAUAUGACCCAUAUAUGGAGGUCAUAGUGUCAGAGUGACCUUGCUGUGUCAUACUGUCAUACUGACCUGUUCUGCUGAGAACAGCUCCCAUGUUCUAGCACAUACAGUGCCUUCAGAAAGCAUUCAUACCCCUUGACUUAUUCCACAUUUUGUUGUGUUACAGCCUGAAUUUUCUCACCCAUCUACACACAAUACCCCAUAAUGACAACGUGAAAACACGUUUUAUUGAAAAUGAAAUACAGAAAUAUCUAAUUUACAUAAGCAUUCACAACCCUUUGCUAAGACACUCCAAAUUGAGCUCAAGUGCAUUCAAUUUCAUUUGAUCAUCCUUGAGAUGUCACUACAACUUGAUUGGAGUCCACAUUUGGCCAAUUUGAUUUAGAAAGUAACAUACCUGUCUAUAUAAGGUCCCACAGUUGACAGUGCAUGUCAUAGCAGAAACUAUACCAUGAAGUCCAAGGAACUGUCCGUAGAUCUCUGAGAUAGAUUUGUGAUGAGGCAAAUAUCUGGGGAAGGGUAUAAAACCAUUUCUAGAGUGUUGAAAGUUUCUAAGAGCACACUGGUUUCCAUCAUUGGGAAAAGGAAAAAUAUGGAACUACCUAGACUCUGCCUACAGCUGGCCGUCCGACCAAACUGAGCAACCGGGCAAGAAGGACCUUGGUCAGGGAGGUGACCAAGAAUCCAAUGACCACUCUGACAGAACUAUAGAGUUCCUUGGCUUAGAUGGGAGAACCUGCCAGAAGGACAAUAGUCUCAGCACUUCACCAAUCUGGGCUUUAUGGGAGAGUGGCACAUCCUUGAUGAGAACCGGCUUCAGAGGGCAAAUUACCUUAGACUGGGGCGAAGAUUUACAUUCCAACAGGAAAAUGACCCCAAGCAUACAGCCAAAGCAAUGCUGGAAAGACUUCAGAACAAGAAUGUGAAGGUCAUUGAGUGGCCCUGCCGAAGCCCAGCCUUGAAUCCCAUUGAAAAUCUGUGGAAAGACUUGAAGAUCGCUUUUCACCGUCGCUCUCCAUUUAACUUAACAGAGUUUGAGAAAAGGAAGAAUUGGAGAAAUCCCCAAAUCCAGAUGUGCAAAGCUGAUACAGACAUACCCAAGACGACUCAAAGCUGUAAUGGCAGCCAAAGGUGCUUCUACAAAGUAUUGACUCAGGGGUGUGAAUACUUAUGUAAAUUAGAUAUUUAUGUAGUUAAUUUUCAAUAAAUUUGCAAAAAUGUAUAAAAACAAGUUUUCACUUUGUCAUUAUGGGGUAUUGUGUGUUGAUGGGUGAGGAAAAAAUAAUUUUUAAUCAAUUUUGAAUUCAGGCUAUAACACAACAAAAUGUGGAAUAAGUCAAGGGGUUUUAAUACUUUCUGAAGGCACUGUCAUUUGGCCAAGUUUCAGCCUUCUGGCGGAGCCACUUGUGUGCGUGGCCAAAGAGCUCUAUUUUCGAGUCAUCCAACAAAUAUAAAUGCCUUUUUGUUUAGAGUUUGCUAAACGGCACUGGCACUUGGAUUGGAACCUGUGCUAUGGUCAGAAGACAUGAAAAUACCAUCAUUUCACAAUGGAUGAAAACUUCAUUCGCCAACUAAAAGGUUGCUUGCCAGUUCUCCUUAUCGUGAUCAUCCCUUUCGGCACAGCGUUGACAUCUCACGUCUGUGAUCUACAUGGGUGUAGAUUCGCUCAUUGAUUUACAUUCAUUAAAUCGGCCCCUAAUUAUGAGCGCUGUGUCCCGGGGUUAGGCCGUCGGACGCAGUUGACAUUUAGCUGGUGAAGCUCUGGCGCUGCAUUGAGCCAACAGUAUUGACAGACAGAGCCAGACACGCUGUUGGGAGAGAAAGCUGAGCGAUUAGAUUUGAUUGUGUGUGUGCACAUGUGUGUGUGGAACAAGUGAACUUAGCGUCAACACCCAGGAGAGAGAGACGCUUAUUGCUGUAGUAGAGGACCUGAAUUAGUGGUUCACCUCUCGACCAAGGCCCUGGCACUGAUUUGUAAUGAGAGAGUAUUAAAGGGAUUGUUCGUCCCCAAAACAAGCCAAGCCAGACAUGCCUUUAGGAAAAUGUAUCUGGCCUCACUUAUAAAUAAAUGGUAUCAAUUUCUUAUAUGUCGCUAUUGGGAUUAGGAAAGGUAUCAUCAUUUUUGAGUGCGGUCGGACCCCCGUUGCAUUUCAUGUUUGACUUUUGGUCUGGCACCACCGCAUGUCCAGGGGACAGCCGUUUAAAGUACUUUGAACCAGGAAGCAGAAAUCAGCCGGGAAUUUCUUACACACCGGAACUUUGCUAAAGAUGGACUAGUCCUUUUUUGUUUUGAACUGUUGCUGUAGGUCCAGCUAAGGAGGAGUGUAUCCAGUGUGCCAGAGGUCACCUGCAGCAGGAGUGGAGAUGCGUUCAGACC